AUGGAUGUGAUCUUCGAGCCUCAAAGAGGAAGACCCUUCUCAAUUGAAGUGGGUUACUUUGACACAGUUCAAGAGAUCAAAGAGAAGAUCCAGAAAUACCGAGGGAUCCCCAUGACAACACAAACCCUAAUCUUCAACGGCCAAGUCCUUCCAGACGAGCGCGACGUAGAGCACUGCGAGAUCCUACAGAACUCUCAUGUCCAGCUCGUCGUGAUUGACGCGGCCUCACCCCAAAACCCUAAUACGGCCGAAGAAUCCUCGCCAUGUCCUAGCACAAAACUCCAGCUCAACGUGAAGAGUGCUUCCAUGAAAGCGCACGUCCCGGUUGAGAUCGACGCGAACGACACGGUGGUGCGAUUGAAGGAGAAGAUCCACGAAAUCGAGGGCGUGCCUGCAGGCCACUUGGCGCUCCAGGUGAAUGGCACGGAGUUGCAAGACCACCAGUCGGUCAGGGAGUAUGAGCUCUUGGACAAUUCCGAGGUCGAGGUCUCCGUGAAACAAUGUUCGCCAACUACAUCAGCGGCGCCCAGCUCCUCCAAGAAGUUGAAGGUGAUGGUGUUGCCAAAGUGCGGGACGAAGAGGAUUGCAGUCGAGGUGAGCGCGUCGGACAAUGUCAGGGAUCUGAGGAAGGAGCUCCAGAAGCUGCAAAAGUCGGACCAGUUACAUCUGCCGCAAGAAGGCUAUUUCUUCAUAUACAAGCAGAAUGUGAUGGAUGAAGAUAGGUCGUUUAGGUGGCACCAUGUUGGCCAAGGUGACACCAUUGAGAUCUUCAAUGGAAGCGUUACGGGCGGAUCAUAG